AUGCGGGUAUAUGUAGGCCUGCUGUUGCUCUGUUCGUUUUUGGUUGAAGCGGACGAGCACGAUCACAUUUACGAAGUAGAUGAAGAAGUUGUGUUGUGGAUGAACACGGUUUGUUUUUUUAAAAGUUAAAGUUUUGAAAGUUCUUGACUAUAGCGGAAAAUCGUUCAAGAAUUUUUUGUCUGUCGAAUUUUAUUUCAGAUUGAUUUCUUCAGGUUGGGCCCUACAGCAACAGGCAGGAAACAUACACGUAUUUUUCGCUUCCCUUUUGCAAAGGCGACAAACAAUCUAUCGGACACUAUCAUGAAACGAUUGGAGAAUCCCUCUUAGGAGUGGAGUUAGAGUUUUCUGGCCUAGACAUCAAGUUCCGCAGUUAGUUCAUAAAAUUUCCUUGUGUUAUUAACUUUGGUAAUUUAGCGAACACACCGAAAACUAUUUACUGUAAGCGCGUUUUGUCGGAGACCGACUACAAAACAUUGCUUUACGCUAUUCAAAACAGCUAUUACUAUCAGAUGUAUCUCGACGACAUGCCAAUUUGGGGUUCGGCUUUCAUUUGCCUUUCUAUGAUUUUCAAUCAAGUUCGUUUCAGGAAUGAUCGGCGAGGUUGAUAGCACGGUGAAGCCUCCUGCGUACAAAUUGUACACCCAUAAACGGCUGGAUCUCGGAUACAACGAUAAACAGGUGCAGUUUUUAUCCGACUUUUUUUGUAGAUAGGAAAGAUGUAAUAUGAAUGUAUUUACUUGGUUUUAAGGUGAUUGAUGUCAAUCUUACUUCGGAUGGUCGUGUGGAGAUCAAGCCAGGUCUUGAAAUCGAGUUUAGCUAUGAGGUGGAGUACCUAAAUUUCGUCUUUUGAUCGGAUUAUGGUUUAGGUUAUUUGGUCUCAAUCCGAAGUGCCGUUUGCUGACCGCUUCGACAAAUAUUUGGACCCCAGUUUCUUCCAACAUAGAGUGACUGAAAAUUCUGGUUUUUUCUAAUCACUUUUGGUUAAGAUUCAUUGGUUUUCUAUCUUCAACAGCUUUAUGAUGGUGGUCUUCCUCGUAGGGUUGGUCUGGAUGAUUCUGGUCCGAACUCUGCGCAAAGACUACGCUCGCUAUCAAAAAGACGAUAGUCUCGACGAUUUGGUCAGUUUUUAAUACAGUGAAACGAAAGGCAAAGAGUUUCCUAUCAAACGGAUUGAAAACAGAGAGAACUGCACCAAGUUCUCUUGAAAGUUUCCAAACUCUGUAUUCUAGACGCUCUGUUUCGUUUGAUAAAAGUUUUCCUUGACAGGAUGCCGAUUUGGGAGACGAAUACGGCUGGAAGCAGGUGCAUGGCGACGUCUUCCGUCCUCCGACCAUGCCUCUUCUUUUUUCGAGUUGCAUCGGGGCUGGCUACCACGUCUUCACCGUCGCCGUCAUCACUAUUCUCUUGGCCAUUGUCGGCGAAUUCUACACUGAGUGAGUUUUUGCAAAGUCAGAACGAUAAGUGAUUCUGAGCAGAAAUCGGAUUCUAGUUAGCGGGUUUGAACUUCGUUGGUUCCUAAUCCUGUGUAAGGAUAGUUAGAAAAAAUAUGAACGAGCGAAUUUCUGGGUUACUGAAAAAAAUCAAAGAUUUAACAAAUUCUCACAAAAGUGAUUUUUUUAGCCGUCGCUAAAAACAUUUUUGCAUCUAAAGUUCAACCUAAAAGCAAUUUCUAUGAUUUUUUUCAUACCUCUUCGCGCGUAUUCGACAGCCUUUUGUUUCAGGGCCUCACGAGUUCAGCUGACCUUUUUUUAAACUCCUAUCAAAAAGCGUGAUUUUAAUGCAAUUUUUAAAUCUUUUUUUACAAUUUCAAAAGAAAUAGGAAGUGACUUUGAAACUUCAAAGACGAGGAAAAAAGUAUUCGGAUUUUUAAAUUUCGAGGUUUCACUUUCGAACACCUCUUAGGCUAUUUGUCGUAGCUGCGCGAAAUUAUUUAUAUAACUUGUUCUUGGUGAUCUGUACUUCGAAGAAAGUUAAAUUUGAAGACGUGGUUCUUUGCUGUCGGCAGCCAUUUUCGUCUAUGCCGCGUGCUCUCCUAUCAACGGCUAUGCUGGCGGUUCGAUGUACGCUCGCUUCGGCGGCCGUCACUGGAUCCGCCAAAUGCUUCUCGGCGCCUUCCUUUUGCCUAGCUUGGUUGGUUAAUUUUUCUUUUGUUUGCCUGAAUAUUACGUUCAUCAAAUUAGUUUCAACUCAAUUAAUCAAUUUCUGGGGUAACGCAAACCGAAUGCGCCUCUUACGUUUUCCGAACAUCGCUAAUGACCACUUUAGCGGAGUCCGCGUUCUUGAGUCUUCCCAAAAAUUUCUCAGAAACUUCAGAUUCCGUUUUGCGUGACCGAAGUCUCGAAUAUACAUAAUCUUUCGAAUAUUAAGAAGAUCUUUGUAAAAAUUUUCUCAAAAAAAAAUUUUUUUUUCAUUGAGUUUCAUCUAUUGAAAAAUAUGAAAAGGAAAUGUGCUCCAUUUUCGAUUUCGUUUUCUUUUUCUUCUUAGAAAUCUGAAUUUGAAGGUUUGUGGUGUGGCGUUCCUGAUCAACUUUAUCGCCAUCUACUACCAUGCCUCGCGAGCAAUUCCCUUCACUAUCAUGGUGAGGAAAACCUUUUUUCUCCCCAACAAAACGCAGUUAUCUUAGCUUGCCGUCACGGCCAUUUGUCUGUUCGUGAUCCUUCCUCUGACUUUGGUCGGCACCGUUCUCGGCAGGAACAUGGCCGGUCACGCCGAUUAUCCCUGCAGGUACCCUUUUUAGACGUCGCUAUGCUCAGCCUUCCUUCAGAGUAAAUGCCGUUCCGCGACCGAUUCCUGACAAAAAAUGGUUCGUGCAGCCGUGGCUCAUCACUCUCAUGGGCGGAGUUCUGCCUUUCGGAAGCAUCUUUAUCGAAAUGUUUGUUUUGAACUUGUGUCUUAAUGGUUUUCUUUUUUUGUUCAUUUUUUAGUUUUUAUCACCUUUUCGGCGUUACUGUUUCUUUCGCGCAAAGGCUGACGCAAAAAUUUUUCUGACUCAUGCUGUUUCGUCGGUUAGAAGUUUUAGACAUAGCAUCGGUUGGACCAAUUUUCUCAGCGGUCUUCAGGCAAAAAAAACCGUGUAGUCUUUUCUGGAAGAUUUUCAAGCAGAAAAUAAUAGUAACUUGUGUAGAAGACAUCGUUUGAAGUAAUUCAAUUGUUAUUAAGAAUUUUUUUUUCGAAAAAGGCGAAAAAAAAAUCAUUGAAGGGAAUUUUUCUUAUUGCUCAAAAAACAGGCUCCAGGUGAAGUUUUUUUCACAGCCACAACCUGUAAAGUAAUUUCUUUGAGUAUUCAAGUUUCAAGCUAAGAUUACUCUAUAAGUGCGAUUUCUUCAAAGGAAAAAAAAAUCAAUUCGCUUUGAGGUAUUUCAUUUUCACGUCGUUCUGGGCGUACAAGAUCUACUACGUUUACGGCUUCAUGCUUUUGGUCACUCUGAUCCUCGCCGUAGUCACUGUUUGCGUCACGAUCGUCUGUUCUUACUUCCUCCUGAAUGCGGAGGACUACAGAUGGUCAGAAAUUUCAUCGUUUCCAAGUUCUGAAAAACAAAAAUGAUAGUGAGCUUCAUGAAGCUUUCGCCGAAUCGGGAAAUGAGAAAUCAAAGAUGAAAACAGGAAGACGAAAAUUCCAAAUCAUGUUUAGGCGCUGGACCAGCUUCACAGCAGGCGCCUCAACGGCUAUUUACGUGUAUUUGUACUCUAUCUACUACUUCUUCUUCAAAACGAAGUAAGUGCAAAAAUUUCGAUUGAUGUUGAAACAUUGGAGCAAGAAACAAUAUUUGAUGUCGUAGAGGAAAAAUCUUGAAAAGUUCAUAUCGUAUUAAACAUAUGGAAUUCUAACUAGGGAAUGUUAAGAAACACUUCAAAAUUGUCUUUUUCUGGAACAAGGAGGUGCUGUUGUACACUUCAGCAAAGGUUCAUCAAAAGUUCAACUGGGGACUAAAAAACGUUUCCUAGUAAGAAUAAUUUGUUGCAAACUGGAACCUUAUGAAUUUUCGAGAGACUUUAAGCAACCUUGUGUGGAAAAAAGGAUAUUUUGAAAAUUGAAGAACCGGAAAAAAUAAGUCCGCGAAUUAAAAUAAAAGAAAAUAAAACUCUGAAAAAAAUGUAUGAUGUUCAUUAUUUUUCUCAAAUAGAGUGUUUUGGUAAGCUUCAUAGAGGUAAUCAAAAUAAGUUUAUCGUGAAUCGAACUGAUAAACGGAGCAAGUUAUGAAGUCCGCCAUGACUGGCCAUUCGGAUUCGUCAUUUUUUAGAGAAAAGACUCUUUUCCACGCAUCCAGUGUUUCAUGAUGCGAUUUUUCAGAAUGUUCGGAAUGUUCCAAACAGUUUUUUAUUUUGGCUACAUGGGAAUCUUCUCUGCGGCGCUCGGCCUCAUGACCGGAACCAUCGGAUAUGUUGGAACCGCCAAAUUCGUUCGAAAAAUUUAUAACACUGUCAAGAUUGACUGA